ACCAACUGAGAAAGGAAUCCGUAAGUGGGAGAAAGGCUGUGGGAUUAUUAGGAGUGCAUUUCAGCCUGAGUGGUUAGCAGUAUUUGGCCAUGAGGAAGAGGCCUCUAAAAAUAACUGGUGAGCAGUUUGCAGGCAGGUCCAAUUUCAGUUCUAGAGGCCUGGCCUGCCGGCCGAGUCUGGCUCUCUAGAGCUUUCGUGGGGAAGGGCGUGCGGCCUGCCUGCUACCUGCUGGUGGAGCUUUGAGUUUUCUCUUCACUGUAUGUUACUCAUGGACUGAAGAAGUCAAAAUGGAUGAAGACACAAAGCAUGGAGGACACAAAAAUGGAAGGAAAGGCGUGCUUUCCGGAAGCUCAUUUUUCACAUGGUUUAUGGUCAUUGCACUGCUGGGAGUCUGGACAUCAGUCGCUGUCGUCUGGUUUGAUCUUGUUGAUUAUGAGGAAGUUUUAGGAAAACUAGGAGUCUAUGAUGCUGAUGGUGAUGGAGAUUUUGAUGUGGAUGAUGCCAAAGUUUUAUUAGGCCUGACCAAAGAUGGCAGUGCUGAAAAUAUUGAUUCUCUUGAGGAAGUCCUUAAUAUUUUAGCGGAGGAAAGCUCAGAUUGGUUUUAUGGGUUCCUCUCCUUUCUCUAUGAUAUAAUGACUCCCUUUGAAAUGCUAGAAGAGGAAGAUGAAGAAAGCGAAACGGCAGAAGGUGUUGAUGGGCUCAGCUGCAGUCCGGCCUGCGAGGCGGCCUCGUGGUCUCCCCGGUGCAGCUCCCGCCUAGUCCCUUGCGUGGCUUCCCCACGCCAGUGGGGAGAGUGGCAGCCCCCCGUCCUUGUAGUUGUCUCCGAAGUGCUUUGACAAUGAUGUUCUUGGCGGUAUAAUUGGUUUCUGUAUCGUUUUGCUUCAACUUAUGUAUUCACUAAACUAAAUUUAGAACCUUAAUGGCAUAUUGUUUUGUGAUUAACCCUCGAUGCUUGUCUUUCUAACAUGCUCUUCAUUAAGAUGAUUAUAGUGGACUUGAUUGUCAGAAUAUUUCUAGCAUGAUUCAUAAAUAACUGCUUCUCUGUUGAUCUUUAACAUGACUGAUGUGUAAAACGAUGGUUCUUAAAAACCCUGAUUUUUUUUUUUAAUUGUAAUUCGUCUAGGUUAACUGAUUUGUCGCAUCGGUUAAUGCCAACGUCAAUGUAAAAUUUUGUAUUAAUGGUGCUUUUCAAAUAAUUUGAAAAUAACCCCAUGUUUUGGCCUUAGGGUAAUUAAAUUACUGUAUUCAGAUAGUAGUAUGUCUGAAUAUUUCUGUGUAUGAAAGCAAAAUUUAUUUUUAAUUUCAUUUCCAAAUAUACAUUCAGAGAAGGUAAUUUGUAUAUUUUUUAAAGAAGGCAUAUUACACAAGAAGGAAAAUGUGAAUAUGUAUCCUAAGUAAUGUUGUACAUAUUAAAAUUAUUCAUCCUAAAUAAGUCUUUUUCCAUUUUUUUCCUGUAUUACCUUAUUAAUUGGCUACCAACUUUAGCUUAGGUAUAAUACAAAUUUUAGGUUUGUAAAUUAAAUUUAUUAAAGCGGUAAUUUCUUUAGGGGAGUAUAUUUUGCCAUUAGAAAGCUUUAAAAACAUCUUUGAAUCCCUUCAUUUAAAGUUAGUUUGCUUGAAUAAUAUCAAAAGCUGUUAUAUUAGCUAUAUAUAACAUGCAUUUCUUAAAAUGAGGGUUCAGCCAUUUCCUCCCUCAAAGCUCUUACAGCUCAAAAGCAAGAAGAUCUAAGACCUUUGGUUUCUUUUACUCUUUUAGGGAUUGGAGUUCAUGUUUUUAAGUCUCUGAGAUUGAAACUUAGCGUUGGUUCUUCCUAGAGCUUAAAAUUCAAAAAUGGUUGCAUUUUUAAUCAUUUUAUUUAACUAUAAUAAUUUCUGCUUUUCAAAUACUUUCCCCCCCCACAUUUAAUCAAAAAUUUUUCAGUAAGUGGAUUAUUCACCUACUUUUUCAGAGGACAGUGUGACAAAUUUAGUUUCUUUUGUAGAAACCAUUCUUGAAGUUUAUCAAAAUGAUAGCCUGAAAGUCUCAGUCCGAACACAGGGAGCACAGCAGCUUCCACAUCCACUCACCACUUACAUGUGUCAAUUUGCUAAUUUUAUUUUAUUUUUCUUUUAAAAAAAGCAUUGUUCUACAGUUACUUUUGGAAAUGAAUACUCAUGUUGUAUGUUGACAGUGAUCUUCUGAAGCUUAAAUGGCUAUUAAAACUCUAGUCUAUCUUCCCUAAUUCUUCAGGGAAUAUGUUUUAUUCUGUUAAUGUUCUGACAGUUGAAAGCUCCUGAUUUUGGAAUGAUAAUAUUCAGGAACAAAUGAGUAUGAUUUAAUAAUGUUCUUUCUGGACGUUUAUGCAGUUUUUGCCCAUAACUAAUGUGUCUUCCACUUUGAAUUUGACUGUGAAAUAUCAGAGUUCAUUAGGUUUAAAUUCAAAAGCAUUCUUAGCCCUCACUCUUAAUGAAAGUCACUUAACCAAAUGUCUGAGAUGUGUUUUUUUAAAGCACUCUUAUUUCUUAAUGCUUCAUUACUACUAACUCUAGGUGUUUGAUCAGUUUAUAAGAAGUAAAUAAUUAAGUUUGUGUAUUUAAAAAUGUUUGGAAACAUUAAUUUCUCAAUGGACUCUUUUUUUGGUCAUGAUACUAACACACAUUUUAUGUACAGAAAUUAAUUAUGCUUUAUUUUUGUAAGUAAAAAAUAAGGGUGUGAGGUCAUAAUGUGCCGUUUAUUUAGUACCCCUUUAAUCGGCCCUAUGAUUCUACCUAGGAUGGUAGAGUCCAGGUAGCUGCUGAACCCCUGACUUCUGUGACCUCCUUCAACUGUGCCUAAUGCUUGUUAUGUUGAGAGAAAAUAGUUGUUUGCAAAACUGGUAUAGAGUAUUUUGAAGCUGAUCAAAAUGACCUCACUUUUAUUUAUUAUGUAUGCUAUAAUUCUGAAUGUUCUGAGGAGUUAUUGUAUAAUUUUCUGUUUUGUCUUGUAUUUCCUAGCUUAAACUGAGGAACUUUAGAAGGCAAAACUGUAUUCUAUACAUCUGAGUAUUUAUUCAUAGUUAUAGAAUUUUAAGUUGUGCUACAGUUCUCUGCUUUUCCAGUUUUGGACAAGCACAGGAACGUUGCGGAGCAUGCUCUGCACUCAGAUCCAGUGGCUCCUCAAAGCCACCCUUCUUACUUUUCCACGCGCCCUGCCCUUUAUCCAACUGAAAAGGGCCCGAGUUUUCUGGAGUUUGGUGCAAAAAUGGGGAGGUACUUUCUGCAUGUUUUUUUUCUUUAUGGUUAGCUAGUCUGAACAAAAUGUUUUCUUGUCUCUCUUGAUGUUUAUAACUUUGGAGAAUUAUCAAAAGCAGUUAUAGGCAUAGACAAUUAUUUCUAAUUUGUACAGUUGGCAGUUACACCUUUUGGGGAUUGAUGCUGAGUGACCCUUUCUAAAUGAGAUUCUGGUCUAUAGACCAAGGAAGAUGUUUUCUGCAAUGGGGCUGUGGAAUUUUCUUUGAUCACAGUGCGUAGUUGGAGCACUUUAAUGAAACUCAGGGACUCUGACUGUUACCACUGUUGAUUGACGGAACAGCAUGCCAGUUCUCUGUUUCAGUUACUUGUUGAGAUAACCACGUGUUACACAGGAACAGAUAUUAACUCAACUGUGAACUCCUUGCAAUUAGGAACCAGGUCUUAGAUUUCAUUUGAAUUUCUUCAAAGCUGAGCCUAAUGUAUGAUGUUUAUUAAAAUAUUUUUUGGGGUUCUGGUGAGUGAGAACCUCCCUCGGGAGUCACCCAUUGCAUAAUAAAACACUGAGGUCUUUAUUUUUUUUAAAAACCAGUUUAUGUAAGUAAAACAAUUAUUGGACAUAUUUUUUGAAGAGAAGUGACAUUUUGAAGUUCAUACAAUGAACUGACCUAUGCUAACAGGAUCUGCAGGUGAUCUUCCUGAUAUUUCAUUUGUAUUUGAAUCUGCCUUUUAUUUUAUUCAAACUCUGGCUGUAAUCCCUUUCUAAAUCUAGUCUUUCAGUUCUGUUUUGUUCUAAUCUUCCCUUCCCUACUUGUCAUAGAAGGUUGGAAGGUUUACAGCUUCCUUUUUUCAAAAGUGUGAUAACGUAGUUAAACCAUCUAUUUAAAAAUAUAAAAGAAAUUGGUGCAUUGUGUCCCGACAUGCAUUUUUACCAAAAUUAGACAUCCUUCCUGGGGCACUUUGGGCCUCUUUUUGAUAUCUUUAGUCAAUGUGGAAAUAAAUUACGGUGUUUCAGUAUUGGAAGGAGAAAGAUGAGAAACUGAGGCUCAGAGUGACUCACAGGUCUCACCGGGAGCUAUGGGAGUGACUGAAAUGACCUAAGUAUAAAGUGAUACCCAGCCUACCAAUUCUGUGCCAAUUCUCUAAAAACCUGCAGUAGCUGUUUGGGUUUCUGUAAUGGAGCCAUUGUUCUAAAAUCAUAUCUAUUGCAUGAGGUUGGACCCCAGGUCCAACCAUUGCUUAAUGACUGAGCGUUUUAAUUUCAUAUAGAACAUUUCAUUUCGAAAAUGUGGAUGGGGUAUGUGGCUCUGAGGCUGUUGCCAAAAUAAUGUUAUUACCUUUAGGCAGCUCCUUCCUGUUCUAAGGGAAAAAUAUUAGACCUGCUUUUGUCAAAUUUCUGUAUGAGAAUUUCCAAAUAGUCAACAGGGCCAUUAACAAUAAUCACUCAGAAACCAUCAGAAUAAACAUAUAGGACAAAAAGGAAGUAAGCGUCAUGGUGAUUAUUUAUUUUUUGCCAUUCUCUUUGACUGUAACCACAUCCUAAUGCUUCUUUGAUGGCCACUUUCAAUUGGAAUAUAGUCUACCAAUAAAAUAACUUAUCCAAAUGGAUUACAGAAUACCAAAGAUGCUUCCUUUUCAGUCUCUAAUGGGUGUAAUUUCCUCUAUACUACUGGGAAAUUUUUUUUGAGGAGCUAUUGUAUUAUCGUGAAUUUUAUUGUUUGAUGGGAUCAUUCCUUAUUUUUCUUCUGGAGAAAUGUGGCACACUUGUUGAUUUCGGACACUGUAAGGAGACUCCACAUCAACCAGCGUUACAAGUGAUAAGAAAUCAAUUCUGCCUAGAAUUAGGAAUUAUAUAAAAGCAAAGUCUUACAUACAUGCCUGGUGCUUUUCUCUGGGGCCACUUCUUCACUUCCUCAGACUUAUAAGUUUUCCCCCUCCGCAUGCCGUCCUCGGUCCUGGAAGAAGAGCUGUUGUGGAUGUGCCCGAGCUGACCGUCUGCGAGGCGCUCUCUCCCUGACGGUUCUCCUGAGUCAGUGUUCAAAACCUCCCACGCUCGCUCUUCCAUCUCCCUUCUCUGUAGAGGUGACUUUGCUUUCUUUACCGAUGUAGGCAAACCUGGCUUGGGUGCCGGUAGCUUCCUUUCUUUACACUGGAUGACACUUAUUUACUCCUGUAAUUGAAUCAUCGCUUCCUCUCUCGUUGGGCAUCUUUUCAGAUGUGGCGUGUUCUGGUUCCCAGGGCCAACCUUUUCCCUUGGCGUCUGCACCUCCAGGGUCCUUUGGCCUCUUCACUUCUCCCCUUUGUCAUUAACUCAGUUUCUUUUUGCUAUGGGCGUGCCUUUGUUUCCUCUAGCCGUCAGUGCAUACAAACACAGAUGAAAUUCUUCAAACCCUGACUCCUCUUGUGUCCCCUGAGAAUCUUGGGAAAAUGCACAUACGAUCCCUUUUCUUCUAAGGAGAUAAGAGGGGUCCUCAUGAGCACCCUGGGUUUUACUCACCUUUCUUCCCACUUAUGUUUUCUCAUCACUGUGAUGUGACGUCCUCUUGUUCUGCUUGCAAAACUGUAAUCUGGAGACCCCUAUGGGACAUUUAAUAAUUAACUUAAUUCAGUAGCACCGUCAUCCCAAGGCUUUGCUCAUGCCUGCCGCCCUGAUACUGCUGACACUGUGCCUUUGAUUUUUAGGGCACUGCAUUUUCUUGACUCCUCCCUCUUUUCUUCAACAGGUAGGGGCUUCUCUGUUAACUUGCUGCUUUCCAAGUGCUGUGCUUUCUUUCCUGUCUCUACUCUUUCCUUCAGAGACUGAACAUGAUCAUUGUGGCUUUUAAAUCAUUGGCUCAGUAUUAGUCAUGUCAAAAGUAUUGGAAAAGUACUGACUAUAUUCUUUACAUUUAGAAAAGGUAGCUUAAAUGGAUCCUUGGACAUUUUGCACAAUCCACUGCACCAUUGUUAAUGUGUCCCACUUUAAAGAUUUAUACUCAAACUAGAAAAGUUUUAAGUACUUAUUAGUUUUCCUGUUUCACUAAUCUGACACUGAUCUGAUAUUUUAGAUUAUUAAAAAAAAAGUUAACUUUAGCCUUUUCAGCAGUAUAGCUCGUUGGACUAUAGUGAGGGUAGGGAGUGGGUAGUUGGAUU